AUGAAAGAGAAAGAAAACAAAAUUGCUUCUCUUGAUUUAGAGAGCCAAUCAAACUCUAAAAAUUAUGAUUCUGUUUCAUUAGAAAUACAAGAAGACAAUAUUACCAAUAAUUUAAAACAUUAUUAAAUUUAGUUCUAAUUAGGAAAAUCUGCAGUCAAAAAUAAAUCAGAUGUAACAGCUAAUAGCGCAAAACUACAAUAAUUUGAAAUGGCUAAGCAAUCGAAUUAAUACAGAAGCCAGCUUUAAAGUAUAAAUCUUAAGGAUAGCAAUGCUUAAGGAAAAUUUGUUAAUAUAGAUAUAUAGGAUCCUUAGCCAAUCAGUGAUAGAUUUAUUGAAAAUAAUAAUGUAGUGAAAUAAAGUAAUAACUAAUAAUUCUAGUAAGCUUAGCAAUCAGGCUAGUUGUAAAAAUAAAAUAGUCUUACUUUUUAAGAUCUAAUAUAUGAUAUUUCAAAUGAAGUUAAGGCUAUGUAGCAAAAUUAACAUAUAAUUACCCCCAAAAACAUCGAUGAUACAUACAAAUCAACAAAUGGUACUAGAUAGCUUUAAAAAUCUUCUACAUUAUUUGACGAUGAGUACUUUUUUGAUGAAAGAGAAUAAACUUCUGUAAAAAAAAGUAGAUAUCUUAAUCCUGAACUAUUUCAUAAGCUUAGAGACCAUCAAGUUGAUUGGAAUUUAAAAGUUUUCUUUGAAUUUCUUAUUUAUCACUUUCUUUUUUACUACAUAACUGGACCAUUCACAAUAAUUUUAUUCUUCAGAAAAGAAAAACUUAUGAGAAACUUGAGUUUUUGGGGAAAUAAAUUUUAGUUCUAUAUUCAAUCUGUACUUUAUUUUUUAAAUGCCUUCAAUCUGAUACUUUAUUUUACUUCUGAUAAUACCAAUAUAUUUACUGUUGAGAUAGUCUAUAUGGAAGUUGUUUUAUUUUUAAGAGCUUACAUCAUUUCUUGCAAAUAUGCAACUCUCCAUCCAGACAAACUAUAGUUAUAUAAAAAUUAUGAGCUAGAAGGAGAAUUAACGCUUUAAGAUUAUUAUUUUGCUAGAUGGGUUUUUUAGAGUGAUAUCACUGUUUACAGAGAGUCUUAUAAUGCUUUUUAGAGAGGAGAAUUUGAUUCCUCGAUGUUUUAUUUGAACUUCAUUGUUAACCCUAGUUAGGAAUGUAUUCACUAGUUUGAUGAUGGAAUUCAAUCUCUUAAAAAGUGGCACAAGCAUGAUCAUGAGUAUAUUACUCCUUGUAUAUUUCCUUCUGAAAACUAUGUAUAUGGGUAUGGAGUAGUUCAUUAUUUAAUUAAGAACUUUACUAAAGAUAAUCCAAAUGCUCCACUUUUGGCUAUGGCUAUAAUUCUAGCACUCUUUAGAGGGUUUUUGCUUUUAAUAUAUAGAUAUUUAGACAAAGAAAUUAGCUAUACCAACUUUUCUACUAUUGAAAUCAUCUAGAUGGUUGGAAUAGUUUACAAUACUUCUUUUGGAUAUUUUAGUUCAUUUGUUUUUCUUAUAUUCUUUACUAAAGAUUUAAAAUUAAAAAAUUACUUACAAAAAUAAUGUAUAUAGCUCAUUUCUCCCAAAAAGCUCAGUUUGGGAGUUAAGAAAUUGCUCCCAACAAUAAAUUUUACUGAUCCUUACUCAAUAAAAACUUGGUCAACAUUGAGGAGACUAUUUUUAGAUUAUGGCAAAGCUUAUUAUUUAAGACUUGAAGCUUUUAUAUCUAUCUACGUGUUUGUUGCAGUAUUUAGUUUAGCAACUCUAAUGUUAUGGCUCUUUGAUGUAUAUGUUUUACCUACUAAUAUAGGAGUAGCUUGCGGUUUUGAAGCUUUUAUGAUAUUGUUCUUUUUAUUUUAUUUACUUAUAUAAGGAGCUGUGAUAAAUACUAAUUUUGACAUGAAUAAAAAUAUAAUUUUUGAUUAUUAAAUGGCAUAUGAUGAUGUGAUUAGACUACGUAAAUUCUACUUUCACAAUAGUUAGUAAUCCUCAAACAUGGUCAGAUAAAAAAUUAUUUCUUCAGUUCAAAAAAAAUUCAAAAUAAAAGAAUACACCGACAAAGAGUAAGACGAAAAAAUUUAAGAUUAUUUAAAUGAAAUUAAAGAAUCUUUUAAUGACUGCUAUAAAGAAGUUAACUAAGACUCAAUAACUUAGCCAUUUGUAUUCUUUGGUAUAUAAAUAACAACAGUUUUAGUAUAAAAUGUACUAAUUGCAUUAGGUACGUCUGCUGUUGGUGUUGCAUAAUACUACAUAAAUAGUAGAAACAAAAAAUGA